AUGAAGGAUCCUCGUGUGUUGUUCCUAUGCGUCAUAUUUGCAACUUUUCACUUUGCCAUUUCGCAUAAGCGAGAGACAAAGCCAAAGAUCCUACAUUCUUACAUGCUAAAGAUAUACAACACGCGUGCGCGAGGAAAUGAAAAUGGUAGCUUUACAAUCUUGCUGCGCCGAAACCAGAAGAUUCUUGCUGACUCCAUUCGAGGUUUCCAGCUGGAGAAAAGCGGAACCACGUGGCAAGGGUCUAUUGUCGAGAUGAAAUUUCACAUGGGGAACAGUUUCAAGAACGAUUUCGUAGUGGAAGCUGAGCUUGUUAUGACCUCCAAACUGUCCACUAGAAAUAUGAGGCGACGAUAUAAUGUCAGCGUGUACCAUGAAAAAUCCGCAUCGAACAUAUCGGCGCCAAAUAAUACAAGGCUUUCAGAUUCCCGCACUUUUCCAAAGAGGGCAAAUGUUGAGUUUGGUCUUAACGUGACACAAGCUGUUAGAAUGUGGAGUUCAAUUUUGGCUAGGACUUACACACUAUUGGUAAAAAUAGAACCACUCGAUGACUCUAAAGCUUCUUUAAGUGUGUUGAGAUACCUCGAUCAUGGCCACUUGCAUGGACCCUUCCUUGUACUGUACACACAAUCUAAACAGGGACAAAACAAUAAUGACAUCUGGAAGCUGUUGACAAUCAAUUGGCUUGCACUUUCACCUGUGCUCAAUAGUACCACUGCUCAAAAGGGUUAUAGAAAUGGCAGUUAUACACAACUUUCUGGGAAAAACACCAGGAGAUCUCCUAGGAACCCAAGUCUCACUUGCUACAAGGUCUCAUUCUCAGUAAGAAUGCAAGACAUAUACCAAAAUAUAGUUAUACCAAAGACUGCAUAUAUAAACUACUGCGAUGGCUAUUGUUACUUCCCUAUUCAAAAUCACUUAACUCCCACUAUGCAUGCCAUAACAUGGGCAUUGAUUUGGAAAAGGCAAAACCCCACAACAAUCACACCCAGAAGACCUAUGUGUGUACCAUCUAAGUUAAGUGCUCAAACUGUAAUCCAGAGUGACCCUGAAACAGGCCAGCCAGUGCAGAAACAGUGGUUGAAUUUUUCAGCCUCUGAGUGUGGAUGCCGUUAA